UUGCUCAAAAUGGCGGAGGGGGUGUUAGGCGGAAGUGACGGAUUUACAAAUACAAUCUCGCCAAUCUCAUACCAAACUCCGCCAGCCCUCUCCAACUCCUCGUGGUUUGACACUGUUACAGGUGACAGUAGUGGGGUCAUUCUGCCAUACACAGACGACAUAUCAGACGACGACUUGUUAGAUUCAGGUCAACCCGACCCCAAUUUGACACCUGGUCUUUCACCGACUGCAGAUUGCAGAUCUAUGAAAAAUGUCAACAUGCCUGGCUCAGACCAAAGUAGGAGAGCAAACUGUUCGAUUACCGUGGAAACUCCAGUGUUGGAAGGCAGCAAUGGACGACCGGUUGGAAUCCUGCCAGAUGUUCAGGUGAUCGGCAAACACGACCACGGUAGUUUAUCUCAAACCGCAGCUCUUGUGACAGACGCCGCUGCUUCAGCUGGCAACAGAAAUAGACUCGGCCAAACGGCUGUCAGUGAGCAUGGAGUGUCUGUGAGGGACAGUCAGUGCCCUCAUCCCCAACAUCGGAGUACACAUUGUCACAUGGGAUCUGUUGGGAGCAGUGAUAAGUUGGCCCGGAAUCAACUUAUUACGGUUGUUGUACUAUGUCUGUUGUUUAUGGCUGGAGAGGCGAUAGGUGGUGCCCUCUCCAACAGCCUUGCCCUCUUCACCGAUGUCCUUCACCUUGGCAGCGACCUCAUCAGCUUCAUCAUCAGCCUGCUGGCCAUCUAUCUGUCCACCAAACCGGCCACCAAGAAGAUGUCCUUCGGCUACCAUCGGGCUGAGGUGUUGGGAGCUGUCUUCAGUGUGUUCAUCAUCUGGCUGGUUUCUGGAGUCUUGUGCUACAUGGCUGUGGAGAGAAUUAUACACGAACACUACAAGGAUGUGAAAGCAGACGAAAUGCUGAUUACUGCAACCAUUGGAGUUGUUUUCAAUCUGAUAAUGGGUUUUGUGCUCCACUCAGAGAGAUGUUGCAAAUUUGGCUCAGCUCACCGCAGUUUUGGCCACAAUCAUUCCCACGGGUCAGGCCAUGGUCACAUGACCCAACGGAACCGAAGCGAGUACCAGCCUCUACAUCAGGUUUUGGAUGAAUCCACGGAGGUUGAUGAGCACGAAGAUAGUCACGAGUUUCAUGAAACCAAUCAUCGACAUAAAAACAUUAAUGUGCGUGCUGCUUUUAUUCAUGUGGUGGGAGAUAUUAUUCAAAGUCUUGGAGUCUUUGUUGCUGCUUUAAUAAUAAAAUUUACGUCAGAUGACCGGUUCCGUCUGGCAGAUCCCAUCUGUACCUUCCUGUUUUCUCUAUUGGUGCUGAUCACCACGAUAGCCGUGCUGCGCGACACACUGCUGGUAAUGAUGGAAGGAGUUCCGAGAGACAUCAACUAUGAAUCUCUGAAGCAAGAACUGUUUUCAAUCGAGGGUGUUGAGAUGGUGCACAGCCUCCAUAUAUGGUCCCUGACCAUUGACAAGAAUGCCCUGUCUGUCCAUCUAGCAGUCGGUGAGACUACAGACAACGACGUUGUCCUGUCUACAGCGACCAGUAAGAUGCAGCGAAAUCACAACAUCAGUCAUGUGACCAUUCAGGUGGAGAAGUACGACAGAGAGAUCAUGUCUUCCUGUGAACAGUGCCAGGAGCCCAAGAAAUAGGGGUCUCAUACCAGAAGAAAGUAUAAACCAGAGAGUCUAUAUUUCUAUAAUGAUAUCGAAGGAAAGUAUAUUUUAUAUCACUCUGCUUGUAGUACUUGUAGUCAUGUUGGUAGUGGCCGCUUCAGCAGGCAGUAUCCUCAGCAACAUGGAAACAUGCGACAUCCAGUGUCCUGAGCACAGGAACACAAGGAUCUUGUGAACAAGUCUAAUGCUGCAACAGCUCCAACAGCUCCUGUCAGGAAUGUUCACAGGAACGUUCCAUCUCUCAUGUGACAACUGUCUUAGAACAUGGGACUGAUGCAGCUUCAUGUCCAGUUAUAAUGUUGUCCUUCAGAGAGUAAAUACAGAGCAAUGCAUUUCUCCAACAGAAAUCUGGAAAUAUAAGACCUCCCUCCGUGUCCAAGUGACUUGUUAAGACGAAUGGCUGAUCAAAACCCACAAAGCCAGCAUUCCUCAUGUCAGUAUUGUCAGAUGUCAGAUGGUACCAGUCAUGUAAUGCUGCUAGACAUGGCAGUUGAACUGUAUUUAUGACAUGGAAACACCAAUAAUGUUUACCUUUCUACAUAUCAUGGUCGGGUCAGCUCUUAGAAUACCAGUUUGAUUUAAGGAUGUUGCCCCUGUCACGUCAGCGAUCGUCUUUGGGGAAUCCAUUUGGAAAUGUAACUAAUAAAUUACAUCGUUUAUUGAUUCAACAAUAUGACAUUUCUCAUGAUCACUAUUUUUUAAGAUGUGUUAAUGGUGUUUUCUUGCCAUUAUGUAAUACCUCACAUUACAGUAUAAGAAUCUGUAACCAUGGUAACCAGAAAUUUCAGUAUGCAUAUACACAAAUAAAUGACGGCCAGUGGCUCCAUGCAGCACUGCAGCUUGUACCGAGAAAUAAGACCGACUGUGAUUCCAUACCAAACAGUGUGGUAUAACCCUACUUCUAAGUGUAAUCUUGUACCCGGUAAUAUAACCUUAUAGUCAAUGCUGAUAUUUCAUUUGCAAUUCUGGACAUUGCACGUUCUUCACUUACAGUGUUGAUCAAGAUUGCUCAGUUUUUUUGUGUUGUUUGAUGCUAUUUUAGCUGCAUGCAGGUAAACGUGCAUAUUAUAAUUUUUAUGAAGAUAUGGAUGUGAAAAAUGCAAAAUGAAUAUCAAGCCAUUGUGAAUUAGGGCUAAGAUGGGUAACUCGGGUCCUGAGUAGGACCUGGAUACCCACAGGAUUCCCCGGACCAAUGGUUAGUCACAUGAUAUCUAGUCUAAUGACAAUAACAUUGUUACAAUAAAACGCCAUGGUUACACUACAAGUCACGUGAUAUAUUGGUUAAUGACAAUAACAUUGUUACAAUAAAACUCCAUGGUUACACGACGAGUCACUGAUGUUUGCAUUCCUUCUGACUUUUACGUUAUGGCUUCAGUCAACAUCAGUAUACAUGAUCAACUCGUUUUAUUUGUGUAUCUAAAUAGUUUUGCGAGGGCUCCAGUGAUCAUAAUUUGUUCCUAACUACUGAGAACUACAGCGGGUACCCAGGUAGGGUCGGAUAAUAGGGGAUCAGGUAAUAGGGGGUUCAGGUAAUAGGGGGUUCGGGUAAUAGGGGGUCAGGUACCUGGGUAGGGUCGGGAUAAUAGGGGGUCGGAUACCUAGGUAGGGUCAGGUAAAAAGGGGUUGGGUAAUAGAGGGUCAGGUACCACCUGGGUAGGGUCAGGUAAUAGGAGGUCGGGUACCACCUGGGUAGGGUCAGGUAAUAGGGGGUCGGGUACCUAGGUAGGGUCAGGUAAUAGGGGGUCGGGUACCU